GCUUCAAUAACCUGACUAUUAUUCUCAGUACUAUGGCUGGUGCUGCCUUCCCACGGAGGAAAAACACGAACAUUGAUGAGACUGAUCUAAACCGUCGUGCUAAUCCACCAUAAUCCCAUUGCAAAUUCCAACGACGAACAUUGCCGCUUGGACCCGCGGUUGUUUCCGAAAAAACAAUACACUAGUAAGGUAAACCUAAGGCUAGUGAUAUAUCUGUGCCACGAAAAGACUGGGUUUCGCGCCUGAUUCCGAACGCAUCGGCCAAUGGGUACGUUCUCACUGCGAAUCCGCAAGAACAAAUCAUCGUUGACUCUGUGGCGUUACCUCUUGUGGCGUUCAAUAGCAAUUCUCGAGUUGCUGUUUACAAUACUAUCCAUCUCUCAUCGAGAUCUAGUCAUCAGGAGGCUGAUAGCGGGAUGCUUCAAGGACUCCUCGUGCCCAGUCAACCGUUCAUGGUCUUCUUCGGAUGCAACAGUGCAACGAUUCCUUAUGUUUCGUUCGUUUAUCGCGCUCUGUCUAUAUAGACAGUGGGGUGAAAUGCAUCCCCAACCUUGUGUUGGAGAGAACCGGAAAUGGCGUUAUACCGUCUCUUAAGGCGAUUGACGACAGAGGACCUUGUGUUAUAUUCUCGAGUGAGAGAAUCCGCUUGAUUCAGUACAUGUCUUGAGCUGGUCGAAAUCAACGCAGAACGCUGAUACGGCAUUUUAUUUGAGGGAGAACAUUGCACACCGUGCGACGUUAGCAACCAGGAAAGCUUUGCUGUGUCACCACUUGUGUCC